AUGUUUUUCAUCUUGAAAUUGAUCAUUGUUUUUUCGCUUAUUUUUUCGGCAUUUUGCAAUGGGAUUCGACCGAAAAUUGCCGAAUUCAAGCAACACCGUUCGCAAAAAAUUGGAACAAAAUUUAAAAUCUUAUGCAUUGUUCAAGAAGGAACACUGCCAUUGAAAUUUCGUUGGCAUAAAAAUGGCGUUGUUAUAUCUGAUAAAGAUAAUCCUUCUCAUCACCAUUAUCGAAUCGAUACUCGUUCAGAUGAAUCCCAAUUGACAAUUGAUUCAUUAUUAUUGAAUGAUCAUGGAAAUUAUUCCUGUCAUGUUCGUAAUGAUGCCGGUAGUGAUUCACAAUCAAUCGCUUUGGAUAUUAAAGGUUUGAUAUUUUGUUUGUUUGUUUGAAAUUGGUAAUUGUCUUGUUUUUCUAACAAUAUGUGGCGCAUAUUUCUACAAGUUUGA